CACACUGGUUUAUAUUUUUUACUUGAAGCUCUCUCUCUUACUCUUACAACUCUCUUAUAUUUUUCAAACAUGGUGGUGGCUUCUGCAACUCCUAAACGAAGUGAAAAACUACAAGGUAUUGAGCUACCUAUCAUAGACCUUUCAGGAGAGAGGUCAGAGAUUUCGAAGCUCAUAGUUAAAGCCUGUGAAGACUAUGGUUUCUUCAAGGUGAUUAACCAUGGUGUUCACCAGGACAUCAUUGCCAGAAUGGAAGAAGAAAGCUUGAAUUUCUUUUCAAAACCAGUCGCCGAGAAGCAACAAGCUGGCCCUGCUAAUCCUUUUGGCUAUGGUUGUAAGAAUAUCGGCUUUAAUGGUGACAUAGGAGAGGUUGAAUAUCUUCUUCUUCACAACAAUCCUCUCUCCAUUGCUCAAGCAUCCAAGUCCAUUUCCAAUGACCCUACAAAAUUCCGGUCCGCUGUGAGUUGCUACAUAAAAGCUGUUAGGGACUUAGCAUGUGAGAUCUUGGAUCUAAUAGCAGAAGGCUUAUGGGUCCAUGACACGUCAUUGUUUAGUAAUCUCAUCAGAGACGUUGAUAAUGAUUCGCUCUUCAGGAUCAACCACUACCCAUCUCUUGUUCUCUGUAAAGAUAACAUUAGGGACACUAAAAUCGGUUUUGGAGAGCAUUCGGAUCCUCAAAUUCUCACUCUUUUAAGAUCCAACAACGUGGAUGGCUUGCAAAUUUCUCUUUAUGAUGGUGUGUGGAUCCCGGUUUCCCCCGAUCCCACUGCCUUUUGUGUUAAUGUUGGUGACUUGUUACAGGCUAUGACGAAUGGGAGGUUUGUGAGCGUGAGGCACAGAGCACUGAGCAACUCUUAUCAAUCAAGAAUGUCGAUGGCCUUUUUUGGAGCACCGCCACUUCAUGCAAAGAUAAUUACUCCCCCAGAAAUGGUCACACACGGCGAGCCUUCCCUAUAUAAGCCUUUUACUUGGGCUGAAUACAAAAAAACAGCAUUUUCUCUAAGGCUUGGAGAGAGCCGUCUCAAUCUCUUUAGAAAAUCUAGAAAUGAUCUAGAAGAUGCUUGAUGCAUGGAUCUAAGGGUACUGUCAGUUUUUGGCUUUGAAAGGCUUCAAAGUCCACGUUUUCUUGUACCCACCUUGAAGGGGGAAUUUUGGUCAUAAACCUUGACGUAGCUUUUGUCCACAGUGAGUAGUUAAUAUUAGUACUAGUAAAUGGGACCGGGAAUAUGACUUGUACUGUAAUGUUCUACUACUGCAGUUAAAUUAUCAAUGGAAGAUCUUCUAUUAUGUAUACUCUAUAGAAAAAAAA